UAACGGAGAUUUGCUUGGUACCACUGCCAGGUUAAAAUGCGGUACAAUGAUAGGCUGAAAUUUGGAGAAAAUUUGUAGUAAUGCACCGUAGUACGGAUUCAAGCGAAGCUUGACUAACACCCAGAGACAGAGAAUCAUUGAUUAGGGGUUAGCUCUUAAAGCUUCAUCAAAUAAGUGGUCCAGGCCUCAUGGAAAAGGCAUAGAGAUCCUCUCUGAUAAAAUCCUGGUACAUUAUCGUUUUUAUGGUUUUCUUGAAUUCUUGGGUGUAUCUAGCGAGCUGGUGUUCUAUGGAUUCUUUAAUGGUUGAUUAUUGAAAAUUUCGAUUUGUCUGUGUACCUUUAGAAAUUAAUUUUAAUUGCUCAGAACUCAUAGUUUCUUGUUCAAAUAAUUGAGAUUUUUUCCCUUUGUUUGGGGCUUUUAUGUGAUAUUGAUUAGAUUGUGGAGAUUGUGUUAGACCAGAGAGAAAAUCGAUUAUUUGGCUGAAUGUAUUUCGGGUAAUCUGUAUAGCGUUUUUCGAGUUAAUUUGUUGGCUCUAAAAUUGGGGUUGGAAAAAUAUGAAGAGUCAAGUUUGCAGAUCGGUUUUAGGGUUGGUUUUCAUAGUUGCGGUGGCUAUCAUAUGGAUAGCUGCUAGUUUCAUUGUGCAAGCUGUUGUGGAUUCGGGUGUUUCCCCAUUUCUCAUCACUUAUAUAUGCAAUUCAUUGUUCAUAGUGUAUAUUCCAAUAAUCGAAAUUGCUCGUUAUUGGGAGGAUUCAAUUGGGAGUUUAUGGAAUCAAACCAGUAAAGGAAGAGAUCAGAAUGGCUCAGGGGAUUCAGAGACAAUCAAUCUUUUGGGUGAUGGAAAAUCAAAGAAAAUUGUUGGUAGUUUGAGUGGGUCUCAAACUAAUGAAAAUAGCAGUGUAAUUCAGUCUGAGGAUGAGAGUUCCCUUUUACCUGAGAGUGAACUACAAGAGACUGAAUUGUUAGCUGAGACGCCAAUAAAUUCAGCGGAUAUUGGGGCUAAUGUGGGCGAUGGAACUUUAGCUAAGGGUUUGGAUUCUAAGGGAAGAUGGACAAGGAGGAAAGUAGCUAUGGCUAGUUUAUGGGUGUGCCCUUUCUGGUUCUUGGCUCAACUCACUUUCAACCUCUCUCUAAAGUAUACCACUGUCACUUCAAAUACCAUCUUAAGCAGCGUAUCGAGCCUUUUCACUUUCUUGGUUGCUUUGGCUUUCUUGGGUGAGAAAUUCACAUGGGUUAAGCUAUUUAGUGUUCUUCUUUGCAUGGCGGGGACUGUAAUUGUGAGCUUUGGUGAUUCGGAAACAGGAGAGAACUCAAUUGCCACGAAUCCAGUUCUUGGUGACAUACUUGCUCUUGUUUCAGCUGGUUUAUAUGCAGUGUAUAUUACCCUGAUACGUAAGAAACUUCCAGAUGAGAACAAAGGAGAGGGUCAGGCUAGCAUGGCUCAAUUUCUUGGGUUUCUGGGGCUUUUCAACCUCUUGCUAUUUCUCCCUGUUGCACUUAUACUGAAUUUCACACGUGUGGAACCAUUUCAUAACCUAACAUGGAAUCAGUUGGGCCUCAUUGUUGGGAAAGGUCUAUUGGACAAUGUGCUUAGUGAUUACUUGUGGGCUAAGGCUGUACUUCUUACUACGACUACAGUAGCAACUGCCGGCUUAACUAUUCAAGUUCCUUUGGCAGCAGUGGUGGAUUCUUUGACAGGGCAUGCACCGAAUCUCUUGGAUUAUUUAGGUGGUGCCUCUAUAAUGGCUGGCUUCAUUGGUAUUAACAUCCCAUCUGCUGAUAGUUGUGGACUGGGAUCAAACUCAAAAGAAACGCUGGUUGAGAGUGAUCCUCAAUCCACUCCUACUGUUGCUCAACAUCCUGAUGUUUAGCUGGUUACUAGUUGAAUUCCAUCUGCUCGUGCUUGCAUCUCUCUCUUUCUCUCUCUCUCUCUCUCUCUCACACACACUCCGACACACACACAGACCCGCACACAGGCUCGCGUGUAUACAUGAACACACUCAUUUCCUAUUUUAAUUUCUCUCAUUUUUUGUUUUA